AACGCCGGCGACUCGGGGCCGGGCUCGCGUCUCCUGGCGCGGGGUUCCUCUCACGCACGCAGCCUCCCAUUCAAAAGAUGCCGAAGGGGAGACGCGGCAGCGCGAGCGCCACGAUAAGCCAGCGGGCUUCCCCGCCGCUCUACUUCCCGUCCCUCUACGACCGCGGCAUCUCCUCAUCUUCGCUCAGCGAAUUCAACAUCUGGAAGAAGCUCUUCGUGCCGCUGGCGGCGGGCGGGGCGGCGGGGGACCGUCCUCUGCUCCAGGCGCUUCCGCUGCCGCCGCCACCAGGCUUGGGUCCCCCCGGCGAGCACCUCUGUUCCCCGCCCUGGCCCUCGGGCCUGGCUUCCAUCCCCUACGAGCCUCUGCGGUUUUUCUACUCGCCGCCGCCGGGACCCGAGGUGGCUGCCUCGCCUCCGGCCCUGGUGCCCGCGACCCCCUGGCUCGCCUCUGCCUCCCACCCGGAGGAGUUGUGCGAGCUAGAGAUCCGGAUUAAGGAACUGGAGCUGCUCACCAUCACUGGGGACGAUUUCGACUCCCAGCGCUAUAAAUUCUUGAAGGCACUGAAAGAUGAAAAGUUACAAGGACUGAAGAGCAGGCAUCCUGGAAAGAAGUCAGCUCCUCUCUCCUGAGGACCUGCCCACCAGAACGCAGAUAGCCAUCUCCUUCUGUGUUAGUACUUAGAUAACAUGUUCCGUUUGUUGUCAUUUCAAAGAUCAUUAUUUUCUGUUCUGUAGUUACUGCUGUUCUCAUUGUUCCCAGCAUGUACUCCACAUACAGUGCCCACUU